GCGCAAGUCUCCUUAACUGGUUAAAGCGACUGCGUUUUCCUUCGCCAUGGGUCUCUCUCAGGAACGUAAGCUCGAGUACUUCGAGAAGCUCGAGGCUCUGCUCGAGAACUACACGCGCAUCUUCCUGGUGGGCGUGGACAAUGUCGGCUCGGCCCAGAUGCAGCAGAUCCGUCUGGUGCUCCGCGGCCGCGCCGAGGUGCUCAUGGGCAAGAACACGCUCAUGCGCAAGGUGUUCCACAACUUCGUGAAGAAGAACCCGGGCCACCCGCUCGAGCAGUUCAUCCCGCUGCUCAAGGGCAACGUCGGCUUCGUGUUCACGAACGACGACCUGGCCGAGAUCCGUGAGAUCCUCGAGUCCAACCGUGUGCCCGCCCCGGCCCGUGUCGGCUCCAUCGCCCCGGUGGACGUCAUCGUGCCCCCCGGACCCACGGGCGCCGACCCCGGUCAGACGUCCUUCUUCCAGGCCCUGCAGAUCGCCACCAAGAUUCAGAAGGGUCAGAUUGAGAUCGUCACGGAGGUGCUGCUGACCCGCAAGGGCGAGAAGGUCGGCAACUCCGAGGCUGCUCUGCUGCAGAAGCUGGACAUCAAGCCGUUCUCGUACGGUCUGGUGAUCGAGCAGGUGUACGACAACGGCUCGAUCUUCGACCCCGCUGUCCUGGACCUGACGGAGGCCGACCUCUGCGCCAAGUUCGUGGCUGGCCUGCGCAACGUGGCUGCCAUGUCGCUGGAGCUGGGCCUGCCCACGCUCGCCUCGAUCCCCCACUCAAUCGCCAACGCCUUCAAGGACCUGGUCGCUGUCGCUGUGGAGUGCGAGGAGUUCUCGUUCGAGAAGGCCGAGCCCUUCAAGGCCUUCCUGGCCGACCCGUCGGCUUUCGCCGUGGCUGCCCCCGCUGGUGGCGCCGCUGCCGCCGAGGAGAAGAAGGAGGAGGCCGUUGAGGAGGAAGAGGAGGUCGACAUGGGCGGCGGCAUGGACAUGUUCGGCGGCGACGAGGACUACUAAGCGUAGUCUCCUGACCUGCUUACGCACCCUCUAGCUUAGCGUUGCUAACAGAAACCCAAAUCAAGGAUUUGUGAAACCUUCACCA